AUGGCUUACGAUAGAGCAGAAAGAAAAUUGUUAAAUAUAAAUCAAUCCGGGGGUCCAAACGUGUCAGCAAAUUCAUAUAACGUGACGUACGGUAAUUUGUGUACAUGUUACGGUGCUAAUUGGGUACCAUUUUUAUCAAGUUCGACAAGAGAUACAAGCAUGGUUGAGAAUUCAUCUCCUGCCCCUAAUAAAUAUUACCCGAAAUAUAACAAAAAAAUAAUCGGGGGCACAUCAUUGAGUAACAAAGCUCCGAGAUUUCCAAAAAGCAAUGAUUUUUACGGACCCCCUUCGACCAAGUACGAUCCUUAUUUUUUAAAAAGAGAUUUGGAAGAGGUUAAAGACAAUAGGAGAGUCAUAGGUUAUUUAUAUCAUUGCAACGUUCCUUUUACUCUCAAAGGUUACGGUCCGACAAUACCCAAUCUCGAUCACGUUGGCUACGAUAUCGAUGAGAACGGCGUAAGUCACGAAUGUUGUUAUUACGAUCCCGACACGACGCUGGGACCCGCUUUUUACAACGUGAGUUAUAGUAAAUUUUGUUCGUGUUACAAAGGUUGUCAAUGGAGUAAAUAUUCAUCGAGAGAUCAAAGGGUCAAAGAAUUUUCCACUCCCGGAGUGGGCACGUAUUGCAUAGCAUCAAGAGUUAAUUCGCAAGAGGAAAAACUCAACGCUUUACGUUGCUGGAGAAAAAAAAAUGCACGCAGUUUAAGAUAUUUGGACUUAUUGGAAAGGAAAGCGAUAUGCGAUAAUUUUCCAGCACCCAACGAGUACUGUAUAAAUACAAUAAAAUGUUAUAAAACCGUUAAAAAAACUGUACCGAAAAAAUUAUGCGUGAAAAAAGAAAAAUACGUGGUACCGGAUCACAGGACGCCCGGACCAAACGAAUACACGGAUCCGAGAACGGCUUUGAAUUAUUUAAUCAAACCAUCUUGCGUUAAAGAAUUGAACGCUUUUUUAACGACCGCUCCACGUUUUCGCACUUAUAUAAAUGAUAAUCCGAGUCCGAACGCUUACAACAUUCCUUCUUUCGUUGACGAUAUAAAAAAAAAAAUUUCACCUUAUGCCGUUAGGAAAACGGCUUUCGACACGUCCGUACCGAAAAUAUUAUAUUACCUUCCGCCAGAUUAUAAGCCGUACGUUGCAAAAAAACCUUGUAAAUGUUCUUACGUUCCGGCCGAACCGGAAAUGCCGGAACCCAAACCGAAACCCACGUCGUCGUUCGCAUCUAAAACAAAAAGAUUUUCAUCGUUUAAAUCGGAUUACGAUGCGUCUUGCGCUUCAUACAACGUCACUCCGUCACUCGAUUACAUUAAAAAAAGUUGCCCGUGUAGAAAAGUGAAAUCUUAUAAAUUUUUAACGACGGAAAAACGUUUUGGAAAAAUGACAAAUUUUUCCGUCGUCGAAGAUAAAAGUUACAUAAAAGGACUCAUUUACGACAAAUCUCAUUACAAACCGUGGAAGGAAAACAACACGGGAACGUUUACCAAAAGUCAAAGAUUCAAAGAAAAAAUAGAAGAACUUCCAGGUCCAUUAAAUUACACUAUACAUCCCGUUUACGGCUCAUCAAUUUAUAAUAAAACGUAUAACGUGACGUUAAUGAAGUCGAAUAAUAUGAUAACGAGUUAUCAAAAAUACAAAAUGAAAUUGAAAAAAUCUACGAAACCUUUUUUGAUAACUAGUUGUAAUAAUAAUAUUAAUAAUAAUAAAAAUAAUAUAAAAUCGAAAUCCGAUCAAUCGAAACGUCAAUCGAUUUUACAACGAAUCGAUCUGGUAUUUGACGAUAAUCAAAAAUAA